CAGGCCACCUCGCACCGACUCACCCCGCUUCUGGAGUAUCCCUACUCCACUACUUGUGCUAUUGGCUCAAGACGUCCCCACAGACAAAAGGCUAUCCGGUUCAGUCUCCUCCGUGCUUUCGAGCCCCUUCCAGGUGGAGAAAAUGUGUCGACGGGUCGACUUUCAAUCUUGUUGAAAGCCCGUAAAGAUUCUUCAUUGUGAUUUCAAGUCUUUCUGCAAUUCAAAUUCAA